CUCAGUCGUCAGUCGCCCUCCAGAAACAAUUAACUGCAAACCGCGAGAAGGUUUUCUCUUUCAGUGUUAAGCAAAGUCAAAGACGCCAAGUACGACAAUCAAACACUCAUUAUUUCAUCUAAUUAACUUUUAAUUUAAACUAAUCAAACCCCACUGAAAGCUUCCAUCUUUCUCUCUGUUCAUCCAACUCCUGUACAACUCCGAUCCGUAACCAAAAACCCAGUGCCUAAAAGGUUUCUGCGACUUGUUUUUUUCGAUUUCGGAUCGACCCAGAUGGGAUUUCGAAUCGGGUUAGGGUUCCUGGUGCUGGUUUCCCUCUGUUGCACGGUGAAACCCCAGUGCAGCAAGAGCUGCGAUGCUCUAGCUUCUUACUACGUAUGGCAGGGCACUAAUCUCAGUUUCAUUGGCGAUAUCAUGAAUACGACCGACGCCACCAUCGUCACCUACAACAAGGACUCGGUUCCCAACAUAUACAGCGUCCGGUUCGGCAUCAGGGUCAAUGUUCCAUUCACCUGUGGUUGCAUCAAUAGCGACUUCCACGGCCAAAUGUUCGAGUGGGAUGUCCGUACCGGCGACACGUACGACCAGAUUGCGAAGAUUUUCUAUUCGAAUUUGACGACGGUGGAGGACUUGGAGUGGUUCAACAGCUAUGAUCCUAAUAAUAUACUCAAUAAUACUAAAGUGAAUGUGACUGUGAAUUGUACGUGUGGGAAUAGCACGGUUUCGGAGGAUUAUGGGCUGUUUAUUACUUAUCCUCUGCGGCCGGAGGACAGUUUGGAUUCUAUUGCGGAGACGGAGCAGUUGGAUCAGGCUUUGCUGCAGAGAUAUAAUCCUGGUGGUGUGAAUUUUAGUCAAGGGAGCGGUUUCGUGUAUAUUCCGGGCAAAGAUCAAAAUGGAACCUAUUUGCCUUUGAAGUCGAGCUCAGGGCUAGGAGGUGGAGCCAUUGGUGGCAUAUCUGUGGGAGUAAUUGCUGGAGUGCUGCUAUUGGCUGGUGGUGGUAUAUAUUUUGGAAUUUUCCGAAAGAACAAGGUGGAUACAAAAUUUCUCUUAGCAACAUCUGAAGAUCAAUCUUCUCCAAAUGGGCGUUCCCUUGUGAUUACCCCCGAUAAACCUGGAGAGUCAAAUGCUGCUGGUCGAGGCCGAACAGGCAUUUCUGUGGACAAAUCAGUGGAGUUCUCAUACGAAGAACUUGCGAGGGCUACUGAUAACUUCAGCCUAGCUAAUAAAAUUGGACAAGGAGGUUUCGGGGCUGUUUACUAUGCAGAGUUGAGAGGCGAGAAAGCUGCAAUCAAGAAGAUGGAUAUGCAAGCAUCAAAAGAAUUUCUGGCCGAGUUAAAUGUUUUGACACGUGUACAUCACUUGAACCUGGUGCGCUUGAUUGGUUAUUGUGUUGAGGGCUCUCUUUUCCUAGUCUAUGAAUAUAUUGAGAAUGGCAACUUAAGCCAACAUCUGCGCGGUUCAGGGAGAGGGAGGGACCCGCUACCGUGGUCUAUCAGAGUGCAGAUUGCCCUAGAUUCGGCAAGAGGUCUCGAAUACAUUCAUGAGCAUACUGUUCCUGUUUAUAUCCACCACGAUAUCAAAUCAGCCAAUAUAUUGAUAGACAAGAAUUUCCAUGCCAAGGUUGCAGAUUUUGGGUUAACUAAACUGACAGAAGUUGGAAGUACAUCACUCCCCACACGUCUUGUGGGAACAUUUGGAUAUAUGCCGCCGGAAUAUGCUCAAUAUGGCGAAGUUUCUCCUAAAAUAGAUGUUUUUGCGUUCGGAGUUGUCAUUUUUGAGUUGAUAUCUGCCAAGGAAGCUGUUUUCAGGGAGGAUGGCUCUAGUUCGGAAUCAAAAGGCCUUGUUGGUUUGUUUGAGGAGGUCCUUAAUCAGCCCGAUCUGGAAGACCUCCGAAAAUUGGUCGACCCUAACCUUGGAGACAACUAUCCGCUUGAUUCACUGCACAAGAUGGCCCAACUCGGCAAAGCAUGCACGCACGAAAACAAAGAUCUGCGUCCAAGUAUGCGAUCAAUCGUGGUGGCGUUGAUGACACUCUCAUCCUCAACCGAGGAUUGGGAUGUCAGAUCCUUCUACGAAAAUCAAGCUCUUGUCAAUCUGAUGUCAGGAAGGUAGAAUCGGGUGAGUGCAGUGACGUUGCUUGUGUUUGGGAAGUUCCUUUUGAUGUGAUCAUACCGAAUAUAAAGACAUCAUAUGGACAUUGUACAUGUCAUAUAAUUGAGCAUUGUGGGAGUCUUGUGUAAAUUGUACAUAUCAAUUAGUGUACCAAAUGAAGAGAUAAACAGUUCCUUUCGAUCUUGUGGUAAGAUUGUCGAGAUUUCC